CCUCAGCAAUCCAUUCGAUUGCUUCGGUUUCCAAUUGUCCAUGUAUCAAUAAUACACAUACAUACACAAUACCUUUAAAGCGCCGCGAACCGUACAUACCUAACGAACUUCGACCGCGCCCUAUCGUCGUCUCUAGUUACAGAAGGCCUUCUGCAACUACUCUCCUUCCAAUUUAAGCAAGAUGACGUCGACAAUCGGCAUUCCCAUCAAGCUUCUCAACGAGGCGCAAGGUCAUAUCGUGACCUUGGAGAUUACCUCGGGCCAGACGUAUCGCGGCAAGCUACUCGAAGCCGAGGACAACAUGAACGUACAACUCAAGGACAUCACGGUCACGGCGCGCGACGGACGAGUAAGCCACUUGGAUCAGGUGUAUAUCCGCGGCAGCCACGUGCGAUUCUUUAUCGUACCCGACAUGUUGAAGAAUGCCCCUAUGUUCCGAAGUCGCAACGCGAGAGGUCGUGGUGUCGGUCUGGCCAGAGGACGAGCGACCGUUAGUAGAGCAAGAGCGAGCGGACGCGGAGGACGAUGAGCAUGUGCGGAUCAGGAAGCUGGCCGUGUCAAUAAUCACCGGCGUUUUUAAAAACAGAUGGGAAAAGUCUGAGAUACCAAUGUGCCAGCCAGUUAUCGGGUGCUACUGGAUACCGCGGUGGAUGGCGUUGUUUACUUAGGUACACUGCUGGCAAAGGAAUAGCUGGAGGAUACGGGGCUAUAUUUAGGGGCUCGUCCUCUUCCACUCUCAAGUAGGCAACCUGACGCUUGCUCGUUUUCAACUCCCUGCUGAACACUACAUAGCCGGUGUCACCGUCUGGAGGGAUGCCAUUGCGAUAGAUUGAGCUGACAAAUAUGGGCGGGAAACGAAGAUAAUUACCGUCAGCACUUGGCGUAUGUAAAUUUUCAGAGAUAAUGAAUUCACAGGUGGCAUUAUUUGAUUGCGGAAACAGGCAUGAAUAUUGAUCUAGGACAGACUUUUGAAAAGUUCAGACCAACAUAUAGGUAGGGGACCUUGAAGACCUGACUUUGAGUUCUCGGGACUGAUAUAGAUAUAUGUGUGCUCAAGGGUUUGCUGUGAGGUACAAUACAAGGUACCUUAAUGAGAACACGUAUAUAAGCCAGGCUCUUCCUUCAUUCAUAUAAACUCAAUCAGUCAAUCAAGCUCCAUAUACAG